AAGAAGAUACAUCUUUGAUCAAUAAUUGAAUGCUUCAAUCCAACAGAUUCCAUAGACAAUCACCGAACUUUAUAACAUACGUGAUAGUUCCAAUUGUUACAAUGAGCCAAUGUCGUUAAGGCACACAUAUCAUUACGAUAUUCCCAUCUCUGAUUCCAAUUGGUAUCCGACGAUAUCUCCAUAUCGUUCUUGUGCUACUUUUAACCAACGAUAGCUAUUCCUAACCAGCAACAAUGUUAACGACGACGCCAUACUUACGCAUACGACGACCCUCCCCUACUACGGCCGAAUUCGUUGUAUCGACGCUACCUCCACCCACACUACCGCUGCGCAUUACCCUCGCGGCCAUCCACUUUCUGCGCCUCGUACUCAGUCUCGGCGUAUUACUACUACUAUACUCAGUCUGGACCCAAAGUCCGUACUCGACUCCGACAACAACCCUCGAGCAGAUCUCGUCGUCAACCCCUCUAUCAAGUUCACCACUCGACGUAUCUACACCAUCUGGCACCACUGCCACAAUAGCGACUAUCGAUAACAACAACGAUGCCUCCCCAUUCCUAGCCACCAUCCAACAAACCCUCCAAACCAUCCUCCAUUCCCGCAUCGGCCAGCUCUGCAGCGCCCCCGCCGCCUCCCUACCCCCAUGGAUCACAGUCCUCUGCUCCUUCGCAACACUGUAUCUGCUCUCCCUCCGCAUCGGCGUCGAAGAGCGGCUGCUCGUCCUUCGCGGGCUAGGAAUCCAAACCAGCUCAAGCGGCGAGACGAUCUUCUCGCCCCUGAAAACACGUUUUAUCCCAACCGACAAGAUCCAGGAUAUCCUGAUCAACGAAGCCUUCCGCGGCUUCGAGGUGCGGCAUAUACUAGUCGUGAUCGUCGAGGGCGAAGAGCAUCUCGUCGUCGUAUUCCCGAAACUCCUUCCGCGCCCGCGUAUCUUGGAGAAGGUCUGGAGGGGCGUGCGAGGGUGUCUGUACGAGCAGGAGGGUCGCAAGGUAGACGGCAAAUUCUAGCAGUAUGUGACGUCGGUGCGUAGCCCCGUGCAAAGAGAUAUUCAUUGGAAGUCGGCAUAGAUAGAACGGCGUUUGGCGUGGAGUUUAUUUGCUCAUGAAAUAUGAUACCCCGAAGGUGUUUUGUAGCUUAUUUAUGUAUUCACGAGACAGUAAUGUAUUCGUUAUGCCUUUCUCUCUACCCAACUGCC